AUGGGGCGGGUGAGACAAUUGAGAAGUAGGAAUUGUGUGGAUUUCCUUGCAAUUCAGGAAACUCACUUGGAUGAUGUUAGUAGGUUUGAUUUUCAUAACAUUUGGGGUAAUGAAGGGUUGGAUUUUGAGGUUGUAGAGGCGACGGGUAGAUCCGGUGGUAUGUUUAAUGUGUGGAACCCCAAAGUUUUUAAAAAAGAUAAUUCUAUUAAGAAUAGGAACUUCCUGAUUACAACGGGGUAUCUUGUAGAAGAUGGAACUAGGCUGAAUUGUGUUAACAUAUAUGCGCCUCAAAAAUUGGGAGAGAAAAGGGAAUUAUGGGUUUUGUUAAAGGGCAUUCUUAUUGAUAUGGAAGGGAUGGUUAUUCUCAUGGGAGAUUUUAACGCGGUUAGGGUCCCUGAAGAUAGAAAAAAUUCCCGGUUUAACCAUAGAUGUGCGUCGAAUCUCAAUAAAUUCGUGGAUGGAUUGGGGUUGUUUGAGUAUAUUAUGAGGGGUAGUAAAUUCACUUGUUUGACCUCUAAAGACGGCGAGUUUAAAUUGAGCAAGAUUGAUCGCCUUUUUGUCUGUCAAAGUUUUUUUAACAGGUGGCCAGCUGAUGUCCUUAGAGCGCUUCCGAAAGACUGCUCAGACCACUCGCCUCUCCUGCUUUCUUUAGUGGAGGCGAACUUUUGUUCGAAGCCGUUUCGGUGGUUCAAUUCUUGGCUCGAUAGAGAGGGAUGCAAGGAGGAGGUUAUCAAAGUCUUAGAUAAUUCGGUGUUUGAAGGAGGUCCAGAUGUUAAGCUUAGUCUCAAACUUAAGGCUGUUAAAAAUUCCCUGAUUUCAUGGUGGCAUCGCAUUAACAAAAAAGAAGGAGAAGAGUUAUCGUCGCUCCAAGCAGACAUUGAGAGGAUGGAAAGAAUUAUGGAGGAGGGAGACCUUGAAGAGCAGGAAGUUUGGGUUUGGGAGGAAUUGUAA